AAUAUAUUCUAGAAUUUCUACCUUUGGUACUAUUUAGAAGUGAAGAAACUUUUAAGUUAAAUAAUUAUUACCAAAAACAGAAUUUAGAAAUGCUGUUUCCUUACCUUUUCUACUACGGAAAACAAAAAAGAUUAAACUAAGUUCCCAUUUUGAUCAUAAAUGGGAGAGUUACACAAAUCUAUAAAAGGGACUCAUUACACAGCCUUUCUUCUUCGUUCCUAAAUUUUUACUAUUCGUAUUCUUUUAUUUCUCCAGUCGCAAUGGAAAAUAAUGAUCGACGAUUUUCUAAUGUUGUCUCUGUUUCCGCCAUUGUCAGAAGACAAUGUCAUUGAUGCUGAACCAAUUCGCUAUCAUCCAUCGUCUUCUUCUAGUAGUACUACUCUUCCAUCAUCGGCAGCGUCAAGUAGUACUACUUAUGAUUUCUCUUCCAUAGAUGGCGGCAAGGACAAUCCUAAUUCACCUUUUUUGACUCUCUUUACAGGAGUUUCUAAACCAAUUGUAAACAGUACUCCUCCGUCAUCAACUGAUCUCUGUCUUUCUCUACCAUCCCUAUCCAACACCUCUUCGACUGCCCAAUCUUCCAUUGAUAGUCAACCUUCUUCUAGUUUUGCUUCAUCAAGUCGGGAGGUCAACGCAUUGGGUAACUCUGCUCCUAAAAGAUCAUUGGGGGAACAGAAAUUCAUCCCCCGCAAGAAAACCAAGCUGACAAAAGGAGAGGAAGGUCAUUGGAUGACAAAAAAGCUAACUAGAAGCGAUGUGAAUGGAGCUUCAAGGCUAUUACUACCUCGACAAGACGUGAAUAAUUACAUAUUACCCUUUAUGAACGAGCAAGAACGGAGCGUAAUUUGCCAACAAUUGUGUGGAGUUGAUGUCACCGUAUUUGAUAUGGAUACACAGACAAGCCAUAUUCUGACUCUAGAAAAAUGGUCAACUAAUAGCUUUCACCUUGUCAAAGCAUGGACAAAGGAUUUUGUCAAAAGGAGGAAUGACGAGGUCUCGAUACGUUGGGAGAAAACCAAUUCAAGAUUUUGCUUUCGAGUUGUCAACUAGAUCUUUAAGAUGUUCAAUUUUUUUUACCUUUUAGUUACUUAUGUUUGGUUUUAGCUCAAUGAUCAAUUUUGUGAGUAUGGAAACAAAGUUUUGUAGUGUUGCUUCAUUUAUAUAUUCCUUCUUUUUUCUGGAUUGGUCUUGCUUAUUAUUUCAUAAUGUAUUGUUUCUUGUGGCUACGUAAAGUCGAACAUCAACAAUGCGAAAAGAUAGUGUAUUCACUGGCAACAGCAGAAGUAAACAUACGUUGCUUAUACUAAAAUUAAAUAUUGAAUAAAUCCAAAUAAUAGAACUAAAAUUGUGAAAUAUUUCCUUUUUUAACACAGAAAUCAGAAUCCGAUUAUGAAAUGGAUAAACUAUACAAAUCUAUAAAAGGAUCAUUCAUUACCCUACCCUUUCUUCUUCCAUUCCAAAAUAUUACUACUAUCCUCAUUCCUUUAUUUCUCUCAGUUACGCUAUGGAAAAUAGUGAUCAAUUUUUCGACGAUUUUCUAACGUCAUUGCCAUUUUCGGAAGACAGUGUUAUUGAUACCGAACCAAUUAGCUAUUCUCUUCCUCAUCACUACUCGUCUUCCGAUACUACUUUGUCUCUGUUUCCCCAAAUUUCUGAAAAUCUUGGUGUUUCGAAACCAAUUACUACUACCGUUAAUUUCUCCUCCAUAGAUGGCGGCAAGGACGAUCCUAAUUCACCCUUUUUUGACUCUCUUUACACGUGUUUAUGAAAACACAAAACCAACUGCAAACAAUACUCCUCUGCCAUCCCUACCCAACACCUCUUCGACAGCCCAAUCUUCCAACGUUCUUCUAGAUCAUUGGGGGAACAGAAAUUCAUUCCCCGCAAGAAAACCAAGCCGACAGAAGAAUCAAAUGGUCAUUGGAUAAAAAAAAAUCUAACUAGAAGCGAUGUGAAUGGAGCUUCGAGGUUAUUACUAUCUCGACAAGACGCAUUACCUUUUAUGGACGAGGAAGAACAGAGUAUAAUUUGUGGAGUUGAUGUUACUGUAUUUGAUAUGGAUUCACAAACAAGUCAUGUUUUGACCCUCAAGAAAUGGUCUACUAAUAGCUUUCACCUUGUCAAAGGAUGGACAAAGAAUUUAGUCAAAAGGAGGAAUCUCAAAGAAAAUGACCUACGUUGGGAGAAAACCAACUCAAGAUUUUGCUUUCGAGUUGUAAUGAGGGAUCAAGUAGAACUUUAACAUCUUUAUUUUAAUCCAUAUUUUCUUAGUUAGUUAUAUUGAGCUUUCGCUCACAAAACUCUAGUGUUGCUUCAUUCAUAUAAUCAUUCUUUGUUCUGAAUUUGAUCUUUCUAUCUUGUUUUCAUAGUUGUUACUUGUUAUUCCAUAAUAUAUCACAUUGUAUUGUAUCGUAUCGUUACAUAAUGUCAAACGUUUGAGAAACUUAUUUUUGUUCAGGGCAACUUAACUUAUGUACAAAAGAUGCAAUACAUACAUAUCAUAUUCAAAACUCUAAAUGAUGCUAUCAGUGAGAGUUGAGAAAAACCAUUUAUUCAAAACAUUGUUGAUGCAACAGUAUCACCAGAAACUAAACGAAAAUAUUGAAAGCACAAAA